UGGUUAGAGAAACGCCGCUAGAGCGGCUCCUGAGGAGGGAGGCAGCAAGUCCUGCCCCGCAAGGUGCCUGGUGCAGCUCUCGGCACACCGCUUGGGAGGGCAGCGCGCUGCAGCCGUGCGGCCGCAGCACUCACACGGGAAUCGGCCGCAACCAGAGCAUUGCUGCUGCUGAAAGCCAGAACGAGCACUUGCGGGAGCGGUUGGCAGGGGUAGUGCUGCAGCAGCAGCAGCAGCGACCGAACCGUGUGCCCCCGCUGGCCCCCGCCGCUUCAGCGCUGCUCAGUGGCACAUGCAGAGCGUCCUCAAAGACUCCGUGGAGAGCUCCGACGAUGAAUUCUUCGACGCCCGAGAAGAGAUGGUGGAAGGAAAAAGUGCCAUUCUCAUAGGCAUGAGCCAGUGGAACUCGAAUGACCUUGUUGAGCAGAUAGAAACAAUUGGGAAGCUGGAAGAAAAUCAAGGUGAAGAGUCUGCAUUCUCCUCCUCUGGCUUUCUCCAGGACAAACAACGUGAAUUGUAUAGAGGCUCUUUAAGGAAACAGAGGUUCCCGGCACAAGGCAGUGUUGAAAUAAACGAGGACAACGAGGAAGGAGUUCAGCACCAGAACUGCAAAACUCAUGUGCUAAUUCUCAUCCUACACGGGGGAAACAUCUUAGACCCAGGAGGGGGGGACCAGAGCAGCAAGCUGGCAGACAUCAACACCUUCAGCUCUGUGUUUGAGAAGGUGACCCAAGACCAUUUCCCUGCUGCUUUGGGCCACAUCUUAAUUAGACUUGUCCCCUGCCCUGCGAUCUGCUCUGCAGCAUUCUCUCUGGUGUCCAACUUAAAUCCCUACAGCUACGACGAGAGCUGUCUCAGCAGCAGCGAAGACCACAUCCCCCUGGCUGCCUUGCCCUUGCUGGCUGUUUCAUCCCCUCAGUAUCAGGAUGCAGUUGCCAUGGUGAUCAGUAAAGCCAAUCAGGUUUACAAUGAAUUUCUCAAAUCCACCGAUGGGGCUGGUUUUAAUGGACAGGUGUGUCUCAUUGGUGACUGCAUUGGAGGAAUUUUGGGCUUUGAUGCCAUCUGCUAUAAUUCUAAUCCAGCUGAUGAGAGUCGGAGCAGUAGCAGGAGAGGAAGCAUCAGCAGCAUUCAGGAUAAUCCCCUGUUGGCAGAGGACUCCAGUCUGGGUGGCAGCAAAGCCCUGAGCAAAAGCAAUAUUGACAUCUUGGACGGCGUGGAGGAUGAGAAGGCAAGGCAGGCGUUGCCUAGGAAACAGAGUGACUCCUCCACCUGUGACUGCGAUGCCAUAACCCAGCACCAUGCUUUCCUGUCCAGCAUCCACUCAAGUGUGCUGAAAGAUGGUGCAGACUUUCCUCCUGUGACUCCCAGUCUCUCAGAAGUAAACCUGGGCCGGUUUGAAUUCGAGGUGUCUGAUUUCUUCCUCUUCGGAUCGCCGCUUGGCUUGGUGCUGGCCAUGAGGAGUACUGUUCUGCCUGGCCUGGAUGUAUGCCAGGUCCGCCCAGCCUGCAGCCAAGUGUACAGCUUCUUCCACUCUGCUGACCCCUCUGCCUGCAGGCUUGAACCACUGCUGGAGAAAAGAUUCCAUCUCCUGCCUCCAUUCAGUGUCCCACGGUACCAGAGAUACCCCCUGGGGGAUGGAAGGUCUCACCAGUUAGGUGAUGCCAUCCAAAACCACAGUGCUCUGUUCCUUGAGAACAGCUCCCUGAACAUCCCUUUCUCUCAGGAGACUCCUGGAUCUCCAAAUACAUCUGAGCAACCACAAGGGAAAACAAGGAAGUUGAGUUUGGCCAGCACAAACAGUGAAAACUCAGGGUCCACAGAAAGUUUGCCAUCAGCAUCCCUCACCAACAUUACUGCAAAGUGGUGGGGGACAAAACGAAUAGACUAUGCCUUGUAUUGUCCAGAUGUGCUGACAGCCUUCCCAACUGUGGCCCUGCCUCACCUCUUCCAUGCCAGCUACUGGGAAUCGACAGAUGUUGUGGCCUUCAUUUUAAGACAGGUGAUGAGGUAUGAAAAUGUCAAUUUCAAGGAAAAUGACAACCUGGAUCCAGCAACACUGAACCCAUCCAACCCACCAGAGAAGUGGCUCCGCAAAAGGACCCACGUCAAGUUGAGAAAUGUGACUGCUAAUCACCGAGCUAAUGACGUCAUUGCAGCAGAGGAUGGUCCUCAGGUACUCGUUGGGCGCUUCAUGUAUGGACCUCUGGACAUGGUGGCUUUAACAGGUGAAAAGGUUGAUAUCUUCAUAAUGCCAGAGCCCUCGUCGGGCAGGUGGGUGUACUUUGACACAGAGAUAUCCAACAGCAGCGGCCGCAUAUCCUACAGCAUUCCCAAAGAGAAGAGGCUGAGAGUUGGUGUGUAUCCCAUCAAAAUGGUGGUCAGAGGGGACCAGACCAGUGCUGCAAGCUACCUGACCGUGCUUCCCCGGGGGAUGGAGUGUGUGGUGUUCAGCAUCGAUGGCUCCUUUGCAGCGAGCGUUUCCAUUAUGGGAAGCGACCCCAAAGUCCGAGCUGGGGCCGUUGAUGUUGUCAGGCACUGGCAGGACCUGGGCUACCUGAUUAUCUACAUCACUGGCCGGCCAGAUAUGCAGAAGCAGCGUGUGGUGUCCUGGUUGUCUCAACACAACUUCCCACAGGGGAUGAUCUUCUUCUCAGACGGGCUCGUUCAUGAUCCGCUGCGGCAAAAGACCAUUUUCCUCCGGAAUCUCAUGCAAGAGUGCCACAUCAAAAUCUGUGCUGCCUAUGGUUCCAUGAAGGACAUCUCCGUGUACAACGUCUUGGCUCUGUCACCAUCCCAGAUCUACAUAGUUGGACGAUCAACAAAGAAAUACCAGGCACAGUGUCAAUUUCUCAGUGAAGGGUACGCAGCCCACUUGGCCUCGCUGGAGUUCAGCCUCCACUCGCGCCCCAAGAAGAACAGCUCUCGGAUGAUCCUGAGGAAGGGCAGCUUUGGCCUCCACUCCCAGCCCGAGUUCCUGCGCAAGAGGAACCACCUCCGCAGGACUAUGUCUGUGCAGCAGCCUGACCCUCCUUCUUCCAACCCCAAGCCAGAGCGUGCCCAGAGCCAGCCCGAAUCAGACAAAGAUCAUGACAGGCAUUUGCCUUCCAUUGCUUGGGUUCGAGGUGGAGUUCACAAGUUUGAAUCUAUCCCCUAAGAAGCUUGGGAAGAUGGAUCUUGGGUGCACCCCAUCAAGCUCCUAAGCCUGCCUCAAGGGUCACGUUGGGGCAGCUUCAAACUAAGAGAUCUAGAGGGGAACCUGUACCUCAGAGUCUUCCCUGCUCUGGAAUCUGCCUUGUUACACCAAGUGAGGAGCUUGCAGCCUGUUCCCCUGGAGAUGUCGACUGAGAAACGCUAAACCCGUCUCAAGCUACGGCAAGUGCUUGGCACGUCAGAGCUACAGGAAAUCUCUUUGGUUGGUUUCUUUUUGCAACAGAUGUAAUAAAAUGUGCAAUAAGAGAAAAA